AUGGAAAGUGUUGCAGUUCCUGCAGUGAGGUUCAUUGCUGGUGACUUUUGGUCAUCCGUGAAGAUGAGGCAAGUGCGUGUUCUGUGCCAGAAGACGAGCACACCCGUCCAAGUGUUGGAAGCGGCAAUGGAAGACGACGACUCCAUUCGCAAGGUCAUCAAGAGGAUAGGUCUCACUGACCGCCGAGGCCGCGACAGUUGGCGUGAGGUUUUCAAGGAAAUCAGCUUCAUGGGCAACGUCUCACACCCGCAUAUCAUGAAGAUGGACUGGGCGGUGAGGUGCAAGGGCUUUGUAGCUAUUUGCAUGCCUCUGUGCUCACGAGGAUCUUUGCACGAUGCACGCCACAGUCUAAACGGAGAGCAGAUAGAGCGUUACUUUGUGCAGAUCGCCUGUGCACUGAGAUAUCUUCACGUUAGGUGCGCUGUGCACGGGGACGUGAAGCCCGCCAACAUUUUGCUAGAUGAAUCCAACAACGCUAUUCUUGGCGACCUGGGGAUGUCCCGCUUCUUGGCCCGCGGACAAGAUCGAGUGAGAAGCUGGAGUAUACUUGGAACAAGAGGCUUCCUCGCUCCAGAGAUCCAGUCUGACGUCAUCGUAGAUCCUUUUCUGGUGAGUAACUGCAGACUUUUCUUUUCAGUGAGCUUGUUUGUUUGCUAG